CUGCCAUAAUUAGAAGCACCAAGGAUGGGCAGAAUAUAGGACUUGGUGGUUGGGCCCCUGUUCACACAAACGCAUCCUGCCUGAGCGCUGGGGAAUCUCUGGGAUAAACCAGAGGCCAGCACUGUGGAUUCAGAGCAACCCUGUCCCAACUGCACAGGGCCUCCAGCACUACAUCUCCAGUUCUCCCUGUCCUGGCCACAGCCCAGCCACCAUGACAGGCACACCAGUGGAGGAAUCCCUCUUCCAAAUCAUCCACUGCUACCACCAGUAUGCAGCCCGGGAGGGAGACGUGGAGACCCUGUCCCUGGAGGAGUUGAAGGCUCUGCUUAUGGACAAUGUACCCCGCUUCAUGGAGAGCCUGGGCCGGAAGGAGCCCUACUACAUCUCGGAGUUGUUCCGGGCUGCAGACAAGAACAAGGACAACCAGAUCUGCUUUGAUGAGUUCCUCUUCGUCCUGGGCCGUCUGGUGAGGGACUACCACCUGCACUACCACCGGCAGCAGUGUGCCCACUACUGCGCCCAGCACAGCCUCCACUAGCAGACGUGUGGCCGCCUCCACCCGCAGGGGCCUGUCCGGGAGCGGAUGGAGAGCUCUGUCCAGUGAGUCUGUGUGUGCCCACAUGUGUGUGCAACCAACAGCUGUGAGGGAAGAGAAUAAAGCAACCCCAUAAAUGUG